AUGCGAUGGAUUUUCCAGAUCGUGUUCCUGUCGAUCUUCGGCAUCUCAAAUUCAUUGUCGGAUUCAGAUGGCACUACAUUCCCCGUUGACUCCAUCUCCCACGCUUUUGUCCAGACAGAUUCAGAGCUCCAUUAUUUCCGAGAUACUUCUUCAAAGGAACUGUGGGGGUUUGCCAAGCCGUAAGUUGCUUUGCAUGCGAUGUUUUUAUUUUUUCAUCUCACUUAUAAUAAUGUUUUGUAGGCCUGACUUGCGAGCUGAUCCCCCGGGCCAACCUCUUGAAUUAGUUCCGGGGAAAUUAGACUUUGGAGAAGGCCAUUUAGGGAUUCCAAGGAGGCUAAAAGUUACCAUAGUCAAUCCUAACUCAUUUGAAGUCAAAGUUCAUGCUAUUUCUACGGUGUCACAGGAUUUCUAUUACACUUUUCCUGCUACAAAAGUAAGACUUCAACAUUUGACAUUGCGGUUUUCCACUUUUAGAUCAUUCAGCCCUCAAAAAAUGUAACCAUAACAGUUACUUUUCUGCCUCGAAAUGAGGACCUUGUUGAAUCUGUGUUAUCUAUAUAUAUCAGUCAUUCGAUAAUCUCGUUAGAGGUUACGGGACGUACAACUGGAAAUCCAUAUCGACUUAAACAUCAGGUAGAAGCGAGGGUUCCUUUUAAGGGAUCACUCGACUUCCCCAUUAAUCUUCAUAACCCUUAUUCUGAGAAAUUACGGAUAUCACGAAUCAUAUCUAGCGAUAAAUCGGUGGUUUUAACUUCAACAGGCGAAAAUGUUACCGUAGGUUGGCGUUGGAUUGUAGAUUUUGGUUUAGGAACUAAUUCCGUUUGAAACUCGGAGAAUCGGAGACAUGACAAUCGUCGGAGGCGAAGUGCAAAACUCCACAGUUUUUGUGAUGAUUAAGGCAGAGACCAUCUCUUACGACUCUUCAGAAGGCUUGAAAUCAUUCGACUUGGUGAUCGCGGUCGAUCUCGAGGUAACCCGGCAGCUGGGCAUCUUCUCCACUGUGGAUGUGAUUGACUUCGGGCUGAUCAAAUAUGGCGAUCGUUCGGAAAGAAAAGUGUUUGAGGCCUUUACAAACGUGGACAAUGGUCUGGAAGUGGAGUCUAUUUACGUGGUCAAGAACGAACAUCCAAACUAUGGAUUAUAUAUGCAGUAUGCUUCAAAGCCCCCUAUCUCUGUUAGGGGUGGCACUAGGAAUAUACCUGGAAAGCCAGUUCCCAUCGCCAAUGUCCAUCUGGAUACUAAUUACUUCACCUUGAAUGCCUCUCAGCAAUUACAUCGAGUUAAUGGUGAGAUUGUAGCUGAAAGUAGAGGUGGAAAUUACAACGUUACUGUCAAAUUUACAGCAUUGAUAGUUUCAGGGUAUGUAAAAAAGGUUGUAAAAUGUAUAUACUUAUAGUGGAAUCUCCCAAGUGAUGAAAGAUUCUUCUUUCUAUAUCAAGUUGAAGCCCCCAGUUGUGAGGACAAUUUCUCUGAACAACGAAUAUCCAUUUGGAUUAGGGAAUUGGGAUGUUACAUUGGAAGAAGAGGAUAAAAAGACGUUUAGUGUCAAACUUAUCAGUCCAGUGGUCGAAAUAGCCCCGAACGAGACCAAGCCCGCUCUUUUGGUGACUUAUCUCUCAACCCCAGAAGCUCCGAAAAGAAUCGACUGUGUGGUUGCAUCAAAUGUUACCGCUUUUAAGGUUCAACUUCUAGUCUUUGAAGGGAAUAUUAAGGUGGGUCCUUUCAAUUAAUUUUUCAUCUCCAUUUAGAUUGAAUUUCCGUAUUUUAAUCCUGAAAAGGAUCGUUUUGAUUUGGGUGAGAUAACAAAAGGAGAACGUCGAUCGUUUUACUUUACAAUUAUAAACUCAAACCCUGUGGCACUUAUGUUAAAGAAGUUGACGGACCCUUGGCCAGGUCACAUUACCGUAGAUAUCUUGAGUUCGGCAGAUGGGAAUUCCACAAGACCUUAUACGUUGGACAAGACCAACUUUCAAUGGGAACCAGGAUUGGACGUCGUUCUGCCCGCUCAGACAUUCACAGUUUUCAAUCUUACUGUGUUCUCAAAUGGAAAAGUUCGGAUUCCGGAAGAUCUUCAUAUCCGACUGCAGACGGAGUUUGAGGACUUCGUUUUUCCCAUCGAGUUUAAGUUUACGGAAGAUUCUCUGAAAUCAUUGGAGAAACAAAUAGAUCUAGGAGAAUCUUUUCCUGGAAAAGUGACUACAAAGGAGAUCAAUGUAAAUUGUUUCUUCUGGGGAGUAGUAAUCAAUAACAAUUUCAGGUUUUUUCAAGUUCAAAAUUGCCUCUCAGAAUUAUGUCGAUGUCAACAUUAACAGAUGACCCUCGUUUUGCAUUUAGUAUUGGGAAAGGAGAUGAUCUUACAAUGCCACCUGAAAGUGUAAAGGCUUUAGGUUCGAUCACUUUCACCCAAGGAACUGCGUGUACAAACGAUUGCUAUUGCGGAUUUACAAUUCAUUCUCCGGGUAUGUAACCUUGAAUAUUAAGAGAUGGUCAACGUUUAGAUGGUCAAUGGUUUACCCAUGGUAUGAAGUUACCCCCAAAUUUGCCAGAAAUUGAUAGUUAUUUGUAUCAACGCCUACGUAUGAGAUGGAACGCAAUAACAGACAAGACAGUGCAAUCUAAAGUCAUCAUUGACACGGAUCGUUUUAGGAGUGUGGAAGUUGGAGUUAAGACCGAGCUCAGCUGGCCGAAACUCUUCAGUCACCGGGCUGUUCAUUUCCCCUUAACUGCUGUCGGAAACUUUACGGUAGAUCAUAUUUUUGUUCUAUCUUUCUUUUUGUCCUUUGCAGAUAUUGAACCUGACCUUAGCGAAUCCUUCAAUUCAUCCAGUUAUCGUCCAAUUGCUUCCAUUGGUGAUAUAUCCGGAUGCUGAGGCUUUGUUGGAGUUUUUCAAGGACGAGCUGCCUUACCCGUUAACAGAACCCGUCGAAAUGAAUGAAACAUUGAUGUUUUCGCUUCGGGAUACAGAGCUGUUCACUUUGAAGCCGGGGAGUCCUGUGCCUCGGCUCAGAGAAGAAGUAGAACAAGUUGUAAACCGCCAAGUUCCACGAUUUACACUUUCCAUGAUUCUGAAACCGGGAAUGAAAGUGAGGAUACGAGUUGGAUUUCUCCCGUCCGACUACACACUCCGAUCAUCCUUGUUAUUGAUCCGAAACAAUUUGACGGCCUUAGAACCUGUCGUGUUAUACGGCAGAGGCUCCAGGGUUGGAUUAGAGAUGGAUGGGAAGUCCUCAAGAGAAGUACAGUUAAUGUUUGACAUCUUAAUGUCACAUCUCAGCGAAUGUUACAACCCCAAAAGAUUGACCCACAAAUUGGGUACCAGUUUUACAGUGAAGCGCACAUUCUUUCUGAAGAACGUCGGCGAGUCCGAGCUUUGGAUUGUAAACAUGAGCAUCAGUGGAACCUCUUGUUCGGAUAGAGGAUUCAGAGUUCUGAACUGCGAUACUUUUAUACUGGCACCAAAUGAAACGAAACCGAUUGAUAUCGCUUACACUCCCGACUUCCUGAUGAGCGUGAAUGAAGCUACUCUUCAGGUUUACACCCACAUGAAUGCAACCCCAUGGGUCUUUGAUAUUGUUGCUACUAUAGCUCCAGAGAUGUUGGAGAUAUGUCAUGCAGCCCUCCCUCGACCACCCUUUGAAUGGUUGAUGUAUUAUGCUUGUGUUAUGGCUUUAGUGUAAGUUUAAAAAAUUAUUUAGUUGCAUUAUUUAAAUAUUUUCAGUUUUUGCAUGGUUUGUAUCAGUGCAUGUGCGUAUCUGGAAGGUGACAGAUGCUUGUCCGGAAUGCAACACCAGCAAGUCGAAUUGAUGAAUGAACUCCAUCAUGAUCCGUUAUCCAAUAGCAGUGAUUACACUGAUCUGACAGUCUGCUCGGACAGAGGAUUCUUUUGGAGAUUAAGAAAAGUCACCGGUAGAAAGCAUGAAGAAAAGUUUCGCUGGGUUUAUCAGAGCACCGACAAUUGCUUAUACGUCUUGUUUGCUAGAAUGUUCAACUGUUUUAUUUUUGUGAGCGAACGUGUUUGGUGGGUGAUACGAGGCGAUGUUGUAAAAGAAACAAACAAGGAGCUAUUUAACAACGAGAAAUUAAACAGUACAAUACGUCUCAUGGAUGAUGUCCAUGAAGCCCCAGGCACUAUCAAUGUUAAUGACAAAUACGACGAAGCCGAAAACAGCAAGGCUACCAAAAAUGGUGUUCGGCGAAGAAGAAAUGCCAACAAGAAAAAGACCGAAGCUGAAAUCGUGGACUUGAACAACAAGGAACCGAAGCAGCAAAGAAAAGAGAAGUUGAGCAAACAAGAUCAAGAAGUUCAGAAGGUAACUGAGAAGAUAAAGGUAACACCAUCGGUAUCCGUGCAGACAGAUUCGACCAAGUCGUCUGAUUCUAUGCAUUGGAAGCACGAAUUCGAGAUGCCCGAGGUUCACAAAUUCGACGACCAAUGUCAGAAUAACGACGAAUCAACCUCCCCACCCCCAGAAUGGGCUGACGCUGUAAUUAAUUCAGGUAUGGAUAGAAAGCUCGGUGAUCAUGUUUUAGAUGACAUCCAAAAGGAUUUCGAAUUCUACGCCCAGCAAUGUGGUUCUUUAUUCGCCGAUGUCGACCAACAUUCCCCAUCGGAUGAGGUCAAAAAAGAAGCUGAAUUUAGGGUAAGCAAAUUAGAAAUAGCACGAAGUUGUUUCAGGAGUACGAAGAAAAUGACGUCACAAACACCUCCUGGCUGACUCCAUCAGUCAUAAAUAGAUUGGUCGAAGAAUUUCGAGAGAAACUUCUCAGAAUCGCAUCUACAAAUCCCGUUGCUGGAGAUACGAGUGUACCGUUACCGUCGAUUAUUUUAGAAGAGCCGGUUGAUAUACCAGUUCCUGAUCCUUUGAAUGGAAUAACUUCGCUGAUGGACACCACUUACUUCGAAAACAGCCAAGGAAACAACAUUUACGAUCAGCUGCUGCAAUUCCAACAAGAAACACAACGGAAUUAUGAUCUUCACAGACAUUUGUUGUAUCAAGGAUACGCUAACCCCAUCCCAAAUGAGGCCGGCUUUCAAUUUCCAUGGUUUAUACAACAAGAAAAUUUAGCCUCAAACAAUGAAGAUCAAGGUAACGGGGAGGUUUAUGACAAUGGAUACAAUGCUUUGUUCUCCGGAAAUGAGGCCUGGCAUCCCAAAAAGGAAGACAAACAAGACUGGCCCGAUAACACCAAGCCUUUUGAAUAA